GCAGGGCGGGCAAGGAGUGCAUGUGUGAAGCCCAGAUUCCGGGGAGAAGAGUCACAGGAUUUAAGUGGCGGCUGCGGGGUCGGAACGCAGAGACCAGCCAUGCCUAAGGGAGGGAAGCAGCCCCAGGAGGAAUGGAUCGGGGACGACGAGGAGAAGAAGAAGAACUGCCCCACAGAGGGGGCUGGAGACAAAUUGGUGAAGAAGGGGAAGAAGGAUAAAAAGACCAAAAAGUCGUUCUUUGAGGAGCUGGCUGUGGAGGAGAAGCAUGCCAGUGAGGAGCAGGCAGCCGAGAAAGAAAAGGAGCAACAGCAGCAACCACAGCAAAAGAAAAGGCGAGAUAAGAAAAAGGAUCGAAAGAAAAAAGAGGUAGAAGAAGACGAGGAGGAAAGCCAGCUGAUAGAGAAGCUGAAGAAGCUGUCGGCUCAAGCCAGCGAUGAGGACGAGGAAGUGCCCGUCCCCGUCAGCAAAGCAGGCAAGAAAAAAAAGGGAGGAAAUGUCUUUGCUGCCUUGAGUCAAGAGCAGAGCGAGGAGGAGGAGGAGGAGGAGGAGGAGGAGGAAGAAGAACCGCUGAAGCCCGUCAAACCUGACAAGAAUAAGAUCAACAAGGAGGAGGAAGAGGAGGAAGACACAAAGAGGAAGAGCAGGAAAAACGAGAAGAACAAAGGGAAACAGCAGAGAGGAGGCUCAGCCUUUGCCAUCUUGGCUCAGAGUGAUGAGGAGGAAGCUGGUGAAGAAGUAAAGAAACCCAAGGACAAAGCGAAGACUGUGACCAAACAGGCUGCUCAGCCCGAUGACACUGCGAGAAAGCCCAAAGGGAAGAAGAGCCAGCCGACCAAGAACAUGUUUGCUGCUUUGGAGGCCGAGGAGAUGGAUGAUGAUGAAGAGGAGGACGGGGAAGGGGACGACGAAGAUGAAGACUCCCCAAAGAGCAAAGAGAGGUCCAAGCAGGGCAGCCAGCCGCAAUCGGAAGAGGAUGAAGAGGAGGGCGAGAAGAAGGAGGAUGACCCCUAUGCGCACCUCAGCAAAAAGGAGAAGAAGAAACUCAAGAAACAGCUGGAGUUCGAACGGCAGGUGGCAUCCCUGAAAGCAGCCAGCGCAGCAGAGAACGACUUCUCGGUGUCGCAGGCAGAAAUGUCCUCCCGGCAGGCUAUGCUGGAAAAUGCCUCAGACAUCAAGCUAGAGAAGUUCAGCAUCUCGGCUCACGGCAAAGAGCUGUUUGUCAAUGCAGAUCUAUAUAUCGUGGCUGGGCGCCGGUACGGCCUAGUGGGGCCUAACGGGAAAGGCAAAACCACCUUGCUGAAACACAUUGCCAACCGGGCCCUGAGCAUCCCUCCCAAUAUUGAUGUGCUGCUCUGUGAACAAGAGGUGGUGGCGGAUGAGACCCCUGCGGUGCAAGCGGUGCUCAAAGCCGACACCAAGCGGCUGAAGCUGCUGGAGGAGGAGAAGCGGCUGCAGGCGCUGCUGGAGAAAGGGGACGACACCGCUGCAGAGCGGCUGGAGAAGGUCUAUGAGGAGCUGCGGGCCAUGGGAGCAGCAGCGGCCGAGGCCAAAGCUCGGAGAAUCCUGGCUGGUUUGGGGUUCAACCCUGAGAUGCAGAAUCGGCAAACCAAGAAGUUCUCUGGAGGCUGGCGCAUGAGGGUGUCCCUGGCCAGAGCGCUGUUCAUGGAGCCCACGUUGCUGAUGCUUGAUGAGCCCACCAACCACUUGGAUCUCAAUGCUGUCAUCUGGCUUAACAACUACCUCCAGACAUGGAAGAAAACACUCCUCAUUGUAUCCCAUGACCAGGGUUUCUUGGACGAUGUGUGCACAGACAUCAUUCACCUGGAUAUGCAGAAGCUCUUCUACUACCGAGGAAACUACAUGACUUUCAAGAAGAUGUAUCAGCAGAAACAGAAAGAGCUGCAGAAACAGUACGAGAAGCAAGAGAAGAAGCUGAAAGACCUCAAGGCUGGAGGGAAGUCCACGAAGCAGGCGGAAAAGCAGACCAAGGAGGCCCUGACCCGCAAGCAGCAGAAGUGCCGCAAGAAGAACCCGGACGAAGAGGCCAGCGAGGCCCCCGAGCUGCUGAAGCGGCCCAAGGAGUACACCGUGAAAUUCACCUUUCCGAACCCGCCACCUCUGAGCCCACCUAUCCUGGGCCUGCACGGUGUGGACUUCACUUAUGUGGGGCAGAAGCCUCUUUUCAAGAAUGUGGACUUUGGGAUUGACAUGGAGUCUCGAAUCUGUAUCGUGGGCCCCAACGGCGUGGGGAAAAGUACGCUGCUGCUGUUGUUAACGGGGAAGCUUACGCCGACAAGAGGGGAAAUGAGGAAAAACCACAGGCUAAAAAUCGGCUUCUUCAACCAGCAGUAUGCUGACCAGCUGAACAUGCAGGAGACGGCGACGGAGUACCUGCAGCGCAACUUCAAUCUGCCCUACCAGGAUGCGCGCAAAUGCCUGGGGCGCUUUGGCCUGGAGAGCCAUGCCCACACCAUCCAGAUCUGCAAGCUGUCUGGGGGACAGAAAGCCCGCGUGGUAUUUGCUGAAUUGGCUUGCAGAGAACCGGAUGUCCUCAUUUUGGACGAACCUACGAAUAACCUGGACAUUGAGUCUAUUGAUGCCUUGGGAGAUGCCGUCAACGAGUAUAAAGGGGCUGUGAUCGUGGUCAGCCAUGACGCCCGGCUUAUCACGGAGACCAACUGCCACCUGUGGGUGGUGGAGGACCGGACAGUCAACCAGAUAGACGGCGACUUUGAAGACUACAAGCGCGAAGUGCUGGAGGCCUUGGGCGAAGUUCUUGUCAAUCGACCCCGGGAGUGAGACUGGAAGAAGCGGCACCUCUGUCGAAGAUGCUCGGCCUCCCUCCAUUUUCCUAGUGGGAGCUCUGCCCCCUCCUCGCGAAACGGGACUCGACUCAUCUGACAGCGAGGGGUGGGGGUCAUUGAGCGCGUGCUUGAUUGUCUUCUCCUCUCCCCACCAAGCAGGAAAUAAAAAAUGUUGAGGGGGGGAUUGGUGAAGUCAGGUGUGCCUCAGAAUGGCUUCUUUUCCCCAAGGCCAACAAUUUUGGAGCGCCUCUCUCGUUUUACAGAUCUGCCCCCCUUCUUUCCCUGCCGCUUUCCCCUUCAGGGAAUAGUUGGAACAGUCUCAUGUAAACUUAUUAAAUUAAAAUGUGAAGGACACUUUU